GCCAAAAUCUACACAGUAUCUGUAUCAUCAGCAGAAAUGAAGGAAAUUGUUUUAAUUUUCACUACAUUUUCCUUACUUACGCCUUACGUAACUAAAAUUAUAACUGCUCAUGAGACAUCUCACACAGGACUCAAACAGUUCCCACCCCCUGAAGAUAUAAGGAUCGUAGGAGGGAAUGAAGCUGUACCAAACACUUUUCCUUACCAAGUUGCUUUGACGCGUACUAACGAUGAGUCAUAUCUUUUCUGUGGAGGAUCUCUAAUUACCAGAAGAUACGUGUUAACAGCAGCGCAUUGUUUGAAUGAUGGUCUUGUAUCGUUGGUAGUAAUUCUGGGGGCGCAUAACAUUCUUCAAAAUGAAAGUACCCAACAACGCAUUCGAACCUCCACGUUCAAAAUACAUGAGUUGUAUACUAAUGAAACAGUAGAGAAUGAUUUAGGCAUGAUUUAUCUUCCAAUACCAGCCAAUCUCAAUAGGUACGUUAAACUGAUUGCACUUCCCCUAAGAGCUGACGCUUCGAAUAGUUUCGUAGGAUCUGAGGCAAUAGCAAGUGGCUGGGGAUCAAAUACGGGUUCUGCUGCGGAUGCCAGUGCCGUAUUGCUAUAUAUCACUGUUCCCAUUAUAGCAAACGACGUGUGUAACAUAACGUACGGUCCGUAUGUCACAGACUCAAUCAUUUGUUCGGGAGGAGCGGGCAAUAAAGGAAUUUGCUAUGGAGAUUCAGGAGGACCUCUUGUGGUCAAUGGAAAAUUGGUUGGUGUAACUUCGUUUCUAGGUUACAACGGUUGUGAAGGUGGGGAACCAAGUGGCUUUUCAAGAGUAACAUCAUUUUUAGACUGGAUCUCAGCAAAUAGUGAUGCUGUUAUUUCUUAAAUGUUUCUUAAACAACUAAUUUGUAAAAUAAAGAAAUAAUUUUGAAUAAUUUAUCGUAAAUGUGAAACAAUAAAUGAUGUGGCUUAUUAAGAAUAAAAGAGAAUGCAAGAGAA